AUGGAGCCUGCAGGCCCUCCAGCUUUCGGGUGGUUCACGCCGAAGGACGCCUCCCCCAAUUCACCUGCGCCUCGACGCCGGGAGAUAGAGCGGGCGGGACAUGGAGGUGGGUGGUGCUGGCAAGCCCGAAACUUUCGAGUUAACCCGACCAGGGCCAUCAGCAACGCUGAUGACGGGCACGGACUGCAUUUCCAGGUCCUGAACGCCCGCAUACAGCUGAAGGCCAUCGAGGUCUGGACCGACGUCAGCAAGGUGAACACCAGCGUGAAGAAGCUGAUAGAGGUCCUGGAGCAGUUCUCCGAGUACAGGAGGAAGGUCCUGUACAGGGAGGUCAGGACCGACUGGACGCACUUGUACGUGCACAAGUUUUACCCCGACGCGCUGGGCUGGGCCUACGUCGGAAGCGUCUGCGACCAGAGCUACGGAGCGUCCGUCAGCACGUUGCCGGACAAGAACCUGGUCGCCCCUUCUACGUGGUCUUCUCACGAGUUAGGCCACGGCGUGGGCAUGGCCCACGAUAAUAAAGGCUGCUUUUGUCAGGGUAGGUCGCAGUGCAUCAUGGGGGCCGGCGGAAGGUUUGGCUUCAGUAACUGCAGUUUUGUCGAUUAUUUCAACCUGGUGUCUGUGAAAGGCGACUGCCUGGACGAUAUUCCGGGGCAUCAGUACUCGGUAAAGAGGUGCGGCAACAAAGUGGUGGAUGACGGAGAGGAGUGUGACUGCGGCACGAUGGAGGAAUGCAAGAAGGACCUGUGCUGCCGGCCCGAUUGCAGGCUGAGGCCCGGCGCAGACUGCCACACGGGCUUGUGCUGCAGGGACUGCCGCUUCAAGCCCCCCGGGCACGUGUGCAGAGGCAAGCACAACGCCUGCGACCUCGCGGAAUUCUGCAACGGGACGUCGCCUCUGUUGAAGAGAAUGCCCGGCGAGGCCAGGGACGCCCCGUUUAUCUGCUAUGAAGAAGUGCACAGAAGAAGCGACCGAUUCGGUAACUGCGGCCUCGUAGGCCGGAGUUACAAAAGGUGCAGGGAGAACGACAUGCUGUGCGGAAGGCUGCAGUGCGUCAACGUGAAGAGCGUCCCCGAAAUGCCCGAUCACACAACGGUCGUCUUCACGCAUCUGAAGGAGUUCAAUAUCCGGUGCUGGGGCACAGACUACCACUCCUCGAUGCGGGCCAUGGAGCUGCGGGACGACGGCGCCGUGAAAGACGGCACCGCCUGCGGCAGGAACCUGAUCUGCAUUAACCGCACUUGUCACGAUGUCUCGGUCCUCAAAUACGACUGUCGCCCGGAGAAGUGCAACAAGCGAGGCGUGUGCAACAACAGGAAAGACUGCCACUGUCACUACGGAUGGGCCCCGCCCUUCUGCGAGACCCCAGGCUACGGAGGAAGCAUCGACAGCGGGCCUGCAGGAAAGAUGAAAACCGUUUCCAAGACGGUCAAAGUCGUGCCCAUUAUGUUUAUCCGACUCAUUUUGUUAGUCACCUCUUUGGUUGGGGUAAUCCUAAAAGAAAUGAUAGCAAAAUUCUUAAAACAGAGGGCAAAAGGGAUAGUUCAUUUAGCAAAAAAACCUCUGGCAAAGAACAAAAGGGAGAAUGUGAAGAAGAUCUCAGAGAAAAAACCCAAACUUCCCAAAUGAAAUCAUUCCUGAAUUAGCUUUUAUAAGAAAUAACUUCGCUAAAUAGCCUCUGUGAAAGGCAAGGAUGGCCACUAACUGUUAGUUUUAUUGUUUGUCAUUCGAAUUCUCUUUGCCAUCUUGGGUUUUUUCUCAGGUUCUGAUUAUCAAAUAAAAACUGACUUCAUAUUUGAACCAACCAAGGUUAUUAUUAUAAUUAUAUUUUUGGAGCAUUCGGUUGGCUCUAGAGUUUAUAUUGAAGAUUUGGGGGGAAUUGAAUUUGUUUUGAGGAUUUUUAACCUGAUUAUCUAAAACUGAUGGGGUGAAAGCUCCUGGGCUUCAGCAUUAGCUGUUACUUUUUCAGCCUGGCUCGCAUCCCUCAAAUCUGGCAGUUAUGUCUGACUUUGUGAAAAUCCUCUCUGUGACUACUCUGAACAAACUGAAAUUUUCACUAUUCCUUAUGUUUAGCACCUGCUUCCUUUCUUACAGAAAUAGAAAAAGACUACAGACCAAAAGGCAAUUUCUAGUGUUGCUCUCAGCAUCCUAACGUACAAUUUUACCCACAUUAAUUCAUAUAAGAUGUUUUAAUCUGUUUUAUUUUAAAUUUCUAAGCAUUUUUGAGACUUCCACCCCACUUCCCCCAACCCUCAGAGAAUGAUUGGUAUGUGCCCAACUUUUGGCUGUUGGGAAGAAUAUAAAGUGCCAAGUGAACCACUGAUGAAGGCAUUUGGCUAUGGCAUUAGAACACCUGGUCUUGCUGCAUAUCUCCAGACUACACCCAAUGUUCAGCUAAACUAAACUUUCAGCUUUCAUGAAAUAUGACCUUGUAUAAAAGAAUCCUGUCAUGUUCCUGUGUUGGGAUAUAAUGAAACACCAUCACUUGAAACAACAACAACAACAAAACACAUUUUGAUAGCACUUUGUGUUGUGCAAAGCCCUUUAUGGGUAUUAUCUCAUUUAAUCCUUACAAUAACCUUGUAAGAUAGGUGCUCUAGAGCAGUGGUUCUCAAACUUUUGUUCUCAAUAUUCCUUUAUACUAUUAGAAAUUAUGGAAGAUACGUCCAGUAAGUUUUU